UUCCUUGUGGGCUAGAUGCUGAAAUACUAUGUGAUAAAGAUUUUAGGUUUCAAUUGUAAAGAGAGGGAAGUGGAUAAAUCAGUGCUGUCUUCUUUACCAGCAAUGACAAAAGAGAUGAUAGAGAAUCAGAGGCUCUGCCUUCAUGAACCAGAGGAUGCUGACUGCAAUUCAGAAUCCGUGAAAUUUGACGCACAUUCAAUGACAACAUUCCUUCCUCACAGCACUAAAAAUGGCCCCUCCCUUCAGGAGAAGUUGAAGUCCUUCAAGGCUGCCCUCAUUGCUCUCUACCUCCUUGUGUUUGCAGUACUAAUACCUGUUGUUGGAAUAGUGACAGCUCAGGUUUUGAAUUGGGAAAUGAAGAACUGCUUAGUUUGUUCACUUAACACAAGUGAGACAUCUCAAGGUCCUAUGGAAAAAGAAAAUACCAGUAAAGUGGAAAUGAGAUUUACAAUUAUCAUGGAACACAUGAAGGACAUGGAGGAGAGAAUCCAAAGCAUUUCAAACUCAAAAGCCCACCUUAUAGACACGGAACGCUUCCAGAAUUUCAGCAUGGCAAAUGACCAAAGACUUAAUGAUAUUCUUCUGCAGUUAAAUUCCUUGAUUUCGUCAGUCCAGGAACAUGGGAAUUCACUGGAUGCAAUCUCCAAGUCCUUACAGAGUCUGAAUAUGACACUGCUUGAUGUUCAGCUCCAUACAGAAACACUGAAUGUCAGAGUCCGCGAAUCUACAGCAAAGCAACAGGAGGAUAUCAGUAAAUUGGAGGAACGUGUGUACAAAGUAUCAGCAGAAGUCCAGUCUGUGAAAGAAGAACAAGCGCACGUGGAACAGGAAGUAAAACAGGAAGUGAGACUAUUGAACAACAUCACCAACGACCUCAGACUGAAGGACUGGGAACACUCACAGACACUGAAAAACAUCACCUUAAUUCAAGGGCCUCCUGGACCCCGAGGUGAAAAGGGAGACAGAGGGCUUACUGGACAAACUGGCCCACCUGGUCCUCCAGGCAUAAGAGGUAUUCCAGGUGAUAAAGGUGAUUCGGGACCAAUUGGCUUCCCUGGAGGUCGAGGAAACCCAGGAGCACCAGGAAAGGCAGGGAGGCCAGGAUCUCCUGGACUUAAAGGACAAAAGGGAGAAAAGGGCAGUGUAGGCAUAUCAACCCCCCUUAAGACAGUUCGACUGGUUGGUGGUAGUGGAGCCCAUGAGGGCCGAGUGGAGAUCUUCCACCAAGGCCAGUGGGGCACAAUCUGUGAUGAUCGCUGGGAUAUACGGGCUGGACAAGUUGUCUGCCGGAGUCUAGGAUACCAAGGUGUUCUAGCUGUGCACAAGAGAGCUCACUUUGGACAAGGUACUGGUCCAAUAUGGCUGAAUGAAGUGAUGUGUUUUGGAAGAGAAUCAUCUAUUGAAAACUGUAAAAUCAGCAAGUGGGGAGUAUUAAGCUGUUCACAUUCAGAAGAUGCUGGGGUCACUUGUACUUCAUAAUGUAUCAUAUUUUCCAUGUCAUUUAUGAAAUUGCUAUUAUGAAACCAUUUUCGUUGCCCUGCUCCACUAAAAUCAUUUUAAUGAAUAGUAAAUGGAUUCACAAUAUUGGACAAAAGAAAGGGAAUAUUAGAAACGAGUGGGAAUAAGUCUUAAACACAUCCAACUUUAUCUCAAUUGAUAAGGGAUUCAAAUUUCUUGCAAAGUUAAUGUUGAUUGUCAAAUUGACAUAAUUUUCAAAUGCCCAGGAAGACAAAAAUAUGUUUAUUUAUAUGAGGGCAUUUCCAGUGAGGUUUAUCAGAGGUAGCAUCAUUCUAUGGGCACAGGAUGCAGACAGAAAUAAAAGGAGAAAGAGAGUGGGACACCAUCAUUCAUCCCUCUCUGCUUCCUGACUGUGAACACAAUGUCAUUAUCUAUACCAUGCUUCUGUCCCCAAGAUGGACCACUCAGAUCCACAAAUCAAAAUUAGUUCUGUCUUCUCAAGUUUCAUUUAGGGCAAUGAGGGAAAAGCUAACAGAAAAAAAAUGUUUUGUUUUAUUUUGUUUUGUUUUACCAGAAGUGAGGUUGUAACUAUCAUAAAAUUGAGGACAAUUUGUUAAAUUGUUGAAUUAAUUUGCUAGAAGAGUAGAGAAAAAAUCAGAGCCAUCGACUAUAGUUGAUCUAAAAUGGUAUCAGCAGAACUUAAUAGGAUAUUCUGAUAGAAAUUUGGAUGUUUAGAUUGGCAAAUAAAUAGAUAAAUGGAUAAAUAAAUAAAAUGAAAACACUAAAGGUAAGUUUCCAGAGGCUUCAGGAUGAAAUAAGAAUUGUAUCAAGAAUUAAAAAAAAAAAGGUAUUCAUGUCACAUUCUGGCAAUGACUCUAUUUGUAUUCUGAGACUUGGAGUAAGACCAUGAGACAAAUUUCUUUAAUGUUAAAACUUCAAGAUAUAAUAGAAUCGGGCUGUGGCAUUGUUGCAAGUCUCUGUUCUUACUCAUAAAUGCAGUGGCAAAGAGCAGCAAGAGAGGAGGAAGAUAUAUCAACUCUGCUGUUUUAGGAAGAAAUAAGCAAAGCUGGUUUAAAGUUGCUGACAAAAAGAACAAAGUUGUGAUUGUUAAAGAGGUUAGAAAAAUUAAUGAGAAACCUCACCCUUUGCAGAAGAAAAUUAUAAUGGGUCUUGGUGGCCAAACCAUUGAAAGACUCCCAUGUAUACAAAAUGCAAAUUUAUUUGAAAGGAUAAAAGUUAAACUGAAAAUUCUGUUCAAGGGUUCUCUGCUAGAAAGCAAUUCCCAGAGAAGUAUUUGUCCUAGAAUCAGCCACCAAUAUACAGAGACACCUUUAUAGCUGUGCUAGAAAAAGGCCAGACUAUAUUUCAAGAUAGUAGCAGAACUUACAAACCUAAUCCACAUGGUAUAAAAUAAAAGAGGGAUUGGUUCACAAAGAUUUACAAUAGAUGCCAGAAGGAUACUGAGGUCAGAAAAUGUGUUUCGGAGUCGGUUUCCCCAUAAAGAAUUCCCUAGAGGACACUGUAUGAAGCUAUAAAGGGGAACCUAAGUUGAAGUAGGGCUGCAGGAACCAGAAAUAUCCCGUGAGACAAGUUUCAUGUAGAGAGUGGAACUUGUUCAAGAAGAAGUUGAAGUGUUCUGAGAUAGCAGAAAUAGAUUUUCCAGGUGUCUUAGUAUGGUAGAAGCUCAAAGGAUUCCUUCAGGAACCCAUGUGCCCAACACCAGAUUAUAUGAUUUCGGUAUUUCUCUAAUUGUUCUUUCCUCACUAUGAUUCAGUUUGUCCUUUUUGGACUGGGGAUGUUUAUUCUGUAGGACUAGGUACUGUAAGUAUGUAACAUGUAGGUUUUAAAAAUAGACAUUCACAGUUAAGAGAUUGUCUGAUUCUCAGAAGGGAUUCUGAACUUCUAUUUUGAACAAUUUUGAAAUUCUUAUGACUUUAGUGAAUCUCUGCAGACACACUAAAUGUAUUUUACAUUAUGAGAUUAAUGUGAGACUUUAGGGACCAGGGGUGGGACGUUAUAAUUUAAAUGAUGUGUUUGGAUGUUAAUUUGAUAAGACUGGAUAUGUGAUGGUUAACAUUACUUGUAAAGUUAUUGGGAUUUAGAAAAUCUAGCAUAUACACUGCUAGCCAUCUCUUGAGAACAUUUCCAAAGAGAUUUAACUGAGAAGGGAAGACCUUAAUUUGGUGACUACAUCUUACUGUUUGGAGUUUCAGCACCAAAUGAAAAUGGAAAAGAAGGUAGAGAACAGAUGUUCAUUUCUUUGUUUCCUGAUGUUACCCAUGGGCUCAUGCUCCUGUCAUCUUGCCUCCUUGCAGUGAUGGACUAUACCCCAAAUCACGUGCCAGAAGAAAUCCACCAUUCCUUAAGUUGAUCUUAUCAAUUGUCUUGU